ACCAUUGCCACGUUCCAAAGCCUUCGAGACAAAGAGAUUGCAUUCCCUCACACACAGUGUUCAAAACUCGUUACAUUCGCAAUGAAGACUGUUUUGAUGGUCGCUGAAAAGCCCUCGCUGGCCCAGUCAAUUGCUAAGUUUCUCUCCAAUGGACGGAUGAAUUCGCGUAAAGGCCUAAACGGUGCGUGUUCCGUACACGAGUAUUCGGGUUCGUUCAGAAAUGAACCGGUUAAAUUCAAAAUGACGUCUGUCUGUGGGCACGUCAUGAGCCUGGAUUUCCAUCAUAAGUACAACAACUGGGACGCCGUGGACCCCCUUGAACUAUUUACUGCUACAACUCUUAAGAAAGAAGCCACGGAGAAAUUACAGAUGCCAAAGUUUUUGUCUCAUGAAGCCAAGGGAGUUGAUUACUUAGUUCUAUGGCUUGAUUGUGAUAAAGAAGGUGAAAAUAUCUGUUUUGAAGUCAUGGAAUGUGUCAGAAAUUCAAUGAAUAAGCGUCCUGGGGAGCAGACGGUUUUCCGUGCCAAGUUCUCUGCUAUAACUGAGAAGGAUAUAGCUGGUGCAAUGCAGAAACUAGGGCAGCCCAAUAAAAAUGAGUCGUUGUCAGUGGAUGCCAGGCAGGAAUUAGAUCUCAGAAUAGGUUGUGCAUUCACGAGAUUUCAAACCAAGUAUUUCCAGAAUAAGUACGGAGACUUGGACAGUGCUUUGAUCUCAUAUGGGCCUUGCCAGACACCAACGCUUGGUUUCUGUGUUGAGCGGCAUGACCAGAUACAGUCCUUCAAGCCCGAGGCAUACUGGGUUAUAAAACCAAAGGUUGUUCACUCUAGUGGGCAAUCUGUUGUGCUAGAUUGGGAUCGUGUUAGGGUCUUUGAUAAGGAGAUUGCACUUGUAUUUCAGAAGACAAUAAAGGAAUCAAGUAAUGCACAAGUUACAUGCAUUUCCAAAACUCAGAAAACAAAGCAGAGGCCUCAGGCCCUGAACACUGUGGAGAUGUUGAGGCUGGCGUCGUCAGGGCUUGGCAUGGGGCCUCAGCACACCAUGCAGAUUGCAGAGAGGCUGUACACGCAGGGGUACAUCAGCUACCCUCGCACAGAGACAACACAUUACCCUGAAAACUUUGACUUAAAGGGUGCUUUGAAGCAGCAGUCUGGUAGUGCAAUGUGGGGAAGUCAUGUGCGUGAACUUCUAGAUGGUGCAAUGACUAAGCCUCGGAAAGGUCAUGAUGCUGGUGAUCACCCCCCAAUCACCCCAAUGCGAUGUGCCAGUGAGUCAGAACUUGGAGGGGAUCCCUGGAGGCUAUAUGACUUUAUUACGAGGCAUUUUCUGGCCACUUUAAGUCCAGACUGCAAGUAUCUUCAAACCACUGUAAAGUUUAAGAUUGGAAAAGAAGCCUUUUCCUUCACUGGGAAAGCUGUGACAGAUCCAGGUUUUACUAGCGUGAUGACAUGGCAAGCGAUAUCAGAUGAUGAGCGGAUGCCACCCUUCAACAAAGGGGACAUCUGCCAGGUGGCUGAGGUUAAACUAGAUGAAAGACAAACAUUACCCCCUGAUUUCCUUACUGAGAGUGAGCUUAUAACACUGAUGGAGAAGCAUGGCAUAGGCACAGAUGCAAGUAUAUCCGUUCAUAUUAAUAAUAUAUGUGAGAGAAACUACGUUCAGAUUCAAAGUGGGCGCAAGCUAGCACCUACAUCACUAGGUAUCGUGCUUGUACAUGGAUAUCAGAAAAUUGAUCCUGAGCUUGUCCUUCCAACUAUGAGGUCAGCAGUGGAAGAGCAAUUGAACCUUAUUGCUCAUGGAAAAGCUGACUUUAAUGCUGUGCUACAUCACGCAAUAGGGAUCUUCACCCAAAAGUUUACCUACUUCGUCAAGACUGUCUCCAGUAUGGAUGAGUUGUUUGAGGUGUCAUUCACCCCACUAUCUGAAUCAGGGAAACCUCUCUCCCGAUGUGGAAAGUGCAACCGAUAUAUGAAGUACAUUGCAGCCAAGCCAAGCCGCCUGCAUUGUGCAACCUGCGAUGAAACCUACAGUCUUCCACAGAAUGGCAGCAUCAAGUUGUACAAGGAAUUGAGGUGUCCACUAGAUGAUUUCGAACUGGUGCUGUGGUCAACAGGAGCUAAGGGCAAGAGCACCCCAGUUUGUCCAUACUGCUACAGCCACCCACCCUUCCCAACUAUGCGCAAGGGGAUGGGGUGUAACCAGUGCACCCAUCCCACUUGCCCUCACUCGGAAGAAGCCUUGGGCGUGGCAGAUUGCCUGGAGUGUGAGAAAGGAAUGCUAAAUCUUGACCCGACAUCAGCCCCUAAGUGGAGGCUUGCAUGCAAUAUGUGUAAUGUUGUCAUACACAUGUGUGAGGGUGCAUUCCGUAUUUCUCUGUCAGAGGAUGAAUGUGACUGUGGAUCCUCAAAACUGGAUGUGGAUUUUAACAAAGCUAAUAGUCCACUUCCUAAUAACUUGACCCAGCACCGCGGAUGUCCAUUUUGUGACCCAAUACUAGUGCCAUUGGUCCGUCUGCAGCAUGCAGCAAGUCGACACCCCAUGUAUCGUGGUGGUAGAGGCAGAGGGGGUAGAGGGCGGGGAGGGAGAAGAAGGCGUGGUCGUGGUAGGGGUCAGCCUAAGGAUAAGAUGUCUCAAUUAGCAGCAUAUUUUGUUUGAGUAUCAAAUUAGUUUUCUGAAAGGGAUAUGUAAUGAGAUUAAGUUUUUUUUUCAAGUAUGGUUCUUCUUUUUCAUAAAAAGUGAUAUCUUUUUAUAUGUAUAAAUGUCAUGUAAUGUUUGUAUAAUAUAAAUUUUAUUUGUUUAAAAUGUCAGGUUGAAAAAAAGGUAAAUUGUCAGAAAUGGUGGAAAUAGUUCUUCCCAACCAAUUGCUUUUCUUGGUAGAAAUGGUAAAAACGGAGUAAAUCGAGAGAAAAGGAAUUAAAAUGAUGCUAUAUUUCA